AUGCCUUCCGCCGAUGCCCAGAAGGGUCACCUCCAGUCAGUACUAGAGAACAAGGGCAUCCGUUUCCAGUUCAAGACCGGCAGUGCCAAGUAUGAGUGCCACCUCCAGGACCGUUCUACUUACGAGCGCACGAAGGCGACCAGAACCAACUCUACGGAGUCACAGACCAGCUCGUCGUCUGCUUCCACGAUCAGCAGUUCCCACUAG